GGGAAAAUGGAUUUGAAAACUACACUGAAGAAAAAAAUACAAUCCUUUGUGAAGGAUAGGCAAGCCUUAAGUGCGUUACCUUUAGCCGAAAUUUUAUGCGAGCUAAAUCCGAACGAUAACGAAAGUCAUUUUCUGAAGACAAAGGCUCAUUUUGAAGCACGCGAAUAUGAAAAUGUCAUAAACGCAGUCAGCUUCGCACUGCGGGUUGACCGUGAAAACGUGGAAUUCAUAACCUUAGGAAUGAAAGCUGCAUUUGAAAUCGGUGAAUUAAAACAGAGUGUCAAGUUCGCAAAUUCACUGAUCGAAUUAGAUAAGGAAAACAUAUGUGCUAUAUGCUACAUUGCUAAAUGCUCAGAACUUUGUGGAGACACGGUAGAGGCCGUACGCUAUUACAAAAUAGCCCUUGAAAAAGAUCCGUUUUGUGGAGAAGCUUUGAUGUCUAUGGUCAAAAGGAAAUUACUAACACCUAAAGAAAUUUCAGAUUUUAUCGAUACACUUCGGUUUCCUCCCGAAGCUGAAAUAAUUAAAAAAUGCUACAAAGCAAAGCUAAAUAUCACCAACAUGGAUAGCGACUGGUCUCAAGAUCUUCCCCCCAAUCUAGCUCUUUUGCAGAAAGUCCGCCGGGAAUAUGAAAGAAAUAAUCUGCACAAAGCGUUAUUGCUAAUCUCAAACUUUUUAGAACGUGAUCCCUAUGACCGUGAUGCGGUAUGCCUUUACUUGUGUACACUUAUAGAUAUGAAUGCCACACCAAAACUAUUCGAGGAAGCACAUUUUCUCACAAAGAAUAAAUCAAGAUCAGAAUUAGCAGUUUAUGCAAUAGGAUGCUAUUAUUAUUCACUCUCUAACUUUGAAAGAGCAGGUCGUUACUUUUGUCGUGCAACAGAGCUUGAUUGCUACUUUGCGGAAGCUUGGGUAGCAUAUGGUCACUGUUAUUCAAAGUUAGAAGAAGGUGAGCAGGCUCUGGAUGUGUAUAGAAGGGCGAUGAAUUUUUUCCCAGGUCUAACUGAAUGCUUGACUUUUUCUGGGAUGCAAUACAGUCGAAUUCACCAGUGGCCAAUUGCAGUAUGUUUUUUUGAAGAGUCUUUAAAGAAAUCACCAAACAAUCCGCUAGUGCUUAAUGAAAUGGGAGUUGUGUUCGUGAGAAAUGGCAAUCUGCAAGAAGCUUUAAAAUUUUUCUACCAAGCUUACAACAAUCUUCCAAAUAAAGAAAACCCCUCUGAGCGACAAGAUUGCAUUCUUUUUAAUUUGGCUACCAUUCUUCGAAAGCUUGGAGAAUAUAAUGAGGCAAUAAAAUAUUAUACUCAAUACGUAAAAUGCCGGCCAGGUGCUGGACAUGCACAUUGCGCACUUGGAUUUACGUAUCACCUAUUAGGAAAUCUCAAAGUUGCAAUAAUGCAUUAUCAUAGAGUCCUUAGCAUUAAACUAGAUUCGUUUUGCAGAGGUCUAUUAGAUAGGGCACUGUCUACCGAUUCUGGACGUAACAUUAGCGGAUUGAUGAAGGACAAAGAGGGAGCUAAUCCCACAUCACAAGGAAAAGUAUCAUUUUCUAUGAUAUCCAAGACGUUCCGCUCUGUGUCUUCGGCUGAAAGUGUUCUUAGAACUCCAAAAUCAAGCGUCGAAAGAAGUCUAUCAUUUUAG